AUGCUGCGCGUCUCGCUGCUUUCAGGGGAGGAGCUCGCGAGGCUUCCUCUCAGCGAGCUGAGCGACGUGAAGGCCUUGAAGCAGCGACUCAAUCAGCAGCACGGCCUGCCGUCGCGGUUUAGGCAGCGGCUACUUCAUGAUGGUGUCGCCUUGCAUGACGCCGUCAAGUUGGAUUCCGCGAUGGAUCUGCAGGCUGUGAUAAUGGAGUUUAACGAGGUUGUGGAGGCGCGAGAAGAUCUCUAUGACGCGGCAAGUGAUUGCAAUGUGACCGAGGUCGAAAGGCUGCUGCAGCUUCCGCUGGACCCGGAUGUUUGUGACGAUGAGUCUGGCAAGUGGUGCAUUACCUUGCUGAUACAAGCGUCAACUGACGGCCAUGCGGAUGUUGUGCAGUUGCUCCUGGAAGCCGGGGCUGACAAGGAGUUGGGUGACAUCGAUGGCUGCACCCCGCUCUUCGUUGCAGCACAGACAGGCCACGCCCCAGUCGUGCGACUGCUUUUGGAAGCUGGCGCCCAGACGGAGGUGCGUGACCUCAAAGGGCGUACAGCUUUGAUGGAAGCUUCGAUGAGGGGUCAUACUCCGGUGGUGCAGCUGCUUUUGGAAGCCGGUGCCCAGAAAGAUGCGCGUGAUGUCGAAGGCCGCACAGCUGUGAUGGAAGCGUCGAGGAACGGUCAUGCUUCGGUCCGGCAGCUGCUUGUGGAUGCCGGUGCUGAGCUUCCGAAGUGGACCUCGGUCUGCGUGCUCUCGUAG